AUCGAUACCACUUCUUAUCGAUGCUACUUGCAGUUGGCUGUAGUAUGUUUACAAAUUAUUUAAGGCUAAAUAAUAAUAAAGCACAAUGGAAACCGUAAAUGCCACUUAUGCGUACGUCACAAAUCUAGAGGUAAUGCACCUACUACAACAGAUUAAGGGCACCAAAAAGAAGUUUGGAAUGCGCAACCUGGCUACGGUCACCUACGAGGCCCUACAGUUCCUGGAGGAAUCGCCUUGUAAGACGCAAACACGCGAGUCCAUUAAUAGCUACUUGUGCGACUUGGCCGCCUACAGGCUGAUGCCCCACGAGAUGCUGCAAAUGGUUAAUGAUCCGCCUACUAGUGCACUGCAUACGCAACUGCUCAUUGAUGACAAUAAAAUCCCACUUACCGACGAGGAGAACGAGGCCAUAAUUGAGCUAACGCACAAACAUUUCUAUAACUCUGGCGCGGAUCAGUUGCAACCCAGCCAGGCGCAGGGAUAACUAGAGUUUAAAUCUUUUUAUAUUUGAUGUAACUUGCGUAUAAAAUAAGCACAUUUCUUAAACAGGA